GUAGUUUAGGGGGAUCGAAUCCUCUUUGCAUUUUGAUUAAAGCCCAAAUACCUUCAGUCUGAAGGCAGGGCACAGGGAAGGAAAGAUCAGAGGGGCCUGGACUGGCUGUGCGAAGGGGGAAAAUAAAAAUUAAAAAAAGGAACCAAAAAACCCAAACUUAAUUUUCACUUAUGGCUAUAUAGGAAACAUAUGACAUUUUUGGGACUGUGGAAGGGACUGCAUUUUGGUAUAAAUUGAAGCCGCCCAGUUUUGGUCACAGUUGUGGGCGCCGAUCAUGGAGAUGCAGAGGUGGUCCACAAGGUGGAAAACGAAAAGGUGGCUCUUGGAUUCCACUUUAACCACAUUCAUCACUUUUAUUAUCAUUCUACAGGCUGCGAAUGUCAGAGGAGCUGAUCCAGUGGAUGUGCUCAAAGUACUAUUUCAAAGCCCUGCAGAAGGGGUACAAAAAACAGUUGGGUUUUGCACAAACAGAAAAAAUUCACAAGCAGACACAGCCUACAGGGUUGGGAAACAAGCACAACUGAGUGCUCCAACAAAGCAGUUAUAUCCAGGUGGUGUCUUCCCAGAAGAUUUUUCUAUUCUUACCACAAUAAAACCAAAGGCAGGACUGCAGUCUUUCUUGUUGUCAAUAUACAAUGAACAGGGAAUCCAACAAUUAGGAGUGGAAGUUGGAAGAUCCCCAGUGUUUCUGUAUGAAGACCAACAGGGCAAACCUUCUCCUGAGGAAUAUCCCCAGUUUAGGACUCUUAACAUUGCAGAUGGAAAAUGGCACAGAGUAGCAAUCAGCGUGCAACAGAAAACUGUAACCAUAAUUGUAGACUGUAAAAAGAAAAUCACGAAGCCACUCAACCGAGGUGACCAGGCAGUUAUCAGCACAAAUGGCAUUACUGUAUUUGGGACAAGAAUUCUAGAUGAAGAAGUCUUUGAGGGUGACAUUCAACAACUGCUCAUUGUGGACGAUCCAAAAGCAGCAUUAGACUACUGUGAACACUACAGUCCAGACUGUGACACACCUCAUUCCGAUACUCCCCAGGCUCAAGAACCACAUGCGGAAGAGGAGAAAAAGAAAGCAAAUUUCUUCAGCAAAAAGAAGAGAGCGGCAAAGCCAAUUAAAACUAAGAAAAAGCCCUUAAAGGUCUCUUCCAAAAAAUUAGCAACUAAGAAGAAGAAAGGGAUGCCAGGCUACCAAGCAACGGCACCAUCAAGAUCAUCAGUCAAUCAGGGGAUCAACAAUGUAGAGGAAACUGAAGAAUACAUCACAAAUGAUCAUGAUUAUGCAACUGUGGAAUCCUACCAGACCCAGCCACCUACUCCAGCAGCUACACGUAAUGAGCCUGUUGAAGAAGAAUUUAUUGAAGAAUACAUCACAGGAGAGGAUUAUGGGCUGGAAAACAAGGGUCCCCAAGAAAAUACCGAAACAGUAAAAACAGUGGAAACUGUAGAAACUGUGGAGGAAGGAGUCAAAGAGACUGGGGAAACUGAUUACGAUCUAAAAGAGUAUGACCUAAAUGAAUAUGAUAAAAAGGAUUUGGGGGAAUAUGAUGAGUAUGACUUUAAAGAGGAAAGACCUACUUCUUCCAAUUACGAUGAUGAAGUUGGGCCUGGUGUUCCAGCAGAGACCGAUGUAACAGAGAGCAAAGUAAACGGCCAUGGCUAUUAUGGUGAAAAAGGAGAGAAAGGUGAACCAGCUGUUAUUGAACCUGGUAUGCUCAUUGAAGGCCCUCCAGGACCUGAAGGCCCAGCGGGUCUUCCUGGCCCUCCAGGUCUACAAGGUCCUCCUGGUCCAGCAGGUGACCCUGGUGACAGAGGCCCUCCAGGGCGUGCUGGUCUCCCAGGUGCUGACGGAUUACCUGGGCCUCCAGGUACCAUGUUGAUGUUACCAUUCCGCUUUGGCGGGGAUGGUGAAAAAGGACCAGUUGUCUCAGCACAAGAAGCUCAAGCUCAGGCUAUUCUCUCACAAGCUAGGCUUGCUAUGAGAGGCCCAUCUGGUCCAAUGGGUCUCACUGGAAGAUCUGGUCCAGUGGGACUUCCUGGCGCUACUGGUGCUAAGGGUGACGGUGGAGAGCCUGGCCCACAGGGUCCAAGAGGUGUUCAAGGUCCCUCUGGUCCUAUUGGAAAACCUGGCAAGAGGGGUCGGGCAGGAGCAGAUGGUGCAAGGGGAAUGCCAGGCGAACCGGGUUCCAAGGGUGACAGGGGAUUUGAUGGACUUCCUGGCCUGCCUGGUGAAAAGGGUCACAGGGGUGAACUAGGCCCCCCAGGACCUCCUGGUGCUCCUGGUGAAGAUGGAGAAAGAGGAGAAGAUGGAGAGAUUGGACCAAGAGGUCUUGCAGGAGAGAGUGGUCCAAGAGGUCUACUUGGUCCAAGAGGCCCCCCUGGUCCACCAGGCCAACCUGGUGUUGCUGGAGUGGAUGGGCCUGCAGGUCCAAAAGGAAACAUGGGCCCGCAAGGAGAACCAGGACCUCCUGGCCAGCAAGGAAUCUCUGGCCCUCAAGGUCUUCCUGGUCCUCAAGGUCCUAUUGGCCCACCUGGUGAAAAAGGUCCUCAAGGAAGACCUGGCCUCCCUGGCUUGCCCGGCUCAGACGGACCUCCAGGUCACCCUGGGAAGGAGGGACCAGCUGGAGAAAAGGGAGCUCAAGGACCUGCUGGUCCUCAAGGUCCAAUUGGCUAUCCCGGACCUCGUGGUGUUAAGGGUGCAGAUGGUGUCCGUGGUCUCAAGGGUGGUAAGGGUGAAAAGGGUGAGGAUGGCUUCCCUGGAUUCAAGGGUGACAUGGGCAUCAAAGGUGACAGGGGAGAGCUUGGCGCACUCGGCCCAAGAGGUGAAGAUGGCCCUGAAGGACCAAAAGGUCGUGCUGGUCCAAAUGGAGAAUCUGGCCCAGCCGGUCCAGCUGGUGAAAAGGGAAAACUUGGUGUCCCUGGUUUACCCGGCUACCCUGGAAGACAAGGCCCUAAGGGUUCAACUGGUUUCCCUGGAUUUCCAGGUGCCAAUGGUGAAAAAGGAGCCAGGGGUGUUGCAGGCAAGCCAGGUCCAAGGGGGCAAAGAGGUCCAACGGGUCCACGUGGUGCUCGGGGUGCUAGGGGUCCUACUGGAAAACCAGGCCCUAAGGGUACUGCGGGCAAUGAUGGUCCUCCUGGCCCGCCUGGUGAAAGAGGACCUCAAGGACCUCAGGGUCCAGUUGGAUUUCCCGGGCCAAAGGGUCCCCCUGGACCACCUGGUAAGGACGGAUUGCCUGGUCACCCUGGACAACGGGGAGAAACUGGUUUCCAAGGAAAGACUGGUCCUCCUGGUCCCGGUGGUGUGGUUGGUCCUCAGGGUCCUACUGGUGAGACUGGUCCCAUUGGUGAGAGAGGUCAUCCCGGUCCCCCUGGUCCACCAGGCGAACAAGGUCUACCAGGUGCAGCAGGGAAGGAAGGUGCAAAGGGAGACCCUGGCCCUGCCGGUGCAGCUGGUAAAGAUGGACCUCCAGGUUUGCGAGGAUUCCCCGGUGAAAGAGGACUUCCUGGAGCUAUGGGUCCCGCUGGCUUGAAAGGAGGUGAAGGUCCACAGGGUCCACCAGGUCCAGCAGGAUCACCUGGAGAGCGGGGUGCAGCCGGUCCAGCUGGCCCAAUUGGUCUUCCGGGUCGUCCAGGUCCUCAAGGUCCACCUGGCCCUGCAGGAGAAAAAGGCACCCCUGGUGAGAAAGGUCCUCAAGGCCCUGCUGGGAGAGAUGGCAUCCAGGGUCCAGUGGGUUUGCCAGGACCAGCUGGUCCACAGGGCCCACCAGGUGAAGAUGGCGAUAAGGGAGAAAUUGGUGAACCUGGUCAAAAAGGAAGCAAGGGUGAUAAAGGUGAACACGGUCCUCCUGGACCUGCUGGUCUUCAAGGUCCUGUUGGAGCGCCUGGUCCUGCUGGAGGAGAUGGAGAGCCAGGUCCCAGAGGUCAGCAAGGAAUGUUUGGCCAGAAAGGUGAUGAGGGUCCUCGUGGUUUCCCUGGUCCUCCAGGUCCAAUUGGUCUGCAGGGUCUUCCAGGCCCCCCUGGUGAAAAAGGAGAAAAUGGAGAUGUUGGACCAAUGGGUCCACCUGGUCCCCCAGGUCCUAGAGGUCCUCAGGGUCCCAACGGAGCAGAUGGUCCUCAAGGUCCUCCUGGUGCUAUAGGCUCUGUGGGAGCAGUCGGUGAAAAGGGUGAACCUGGUGAAGCAGGAAACCCAGGACCUCCAGGAGAAUCUGGCACUGGAGGUCCUAAAGGUGAAAGAGGAGAGAAGGGUGAAGCAGGACCACCUGGGGCUGCUGGACCUCCUGGUCCCAAAGGUCCUCCUGGAGAUGAUGGUCCCAAGGGUAAUCCUGGUCCUGUUGGUUUCCCUGGAGAUCCCGGUCCCCCUGGUGAGCCUGGCCCAGCUGGUCAAGACGGCAGUGCUGGAGAAAAGGGAGAAGAUGGUGAAGCUGGUCAACCAGGUCCUCCAGGUCCAUCUGGUGAAGCUGGCCCCCCAGGCCCUCCUGGAAAGAGAGGUCCUCCCGGAGCAGCAGGGGCUGAAGGAAGGCAAGGUGAAAAGGGAGCCAAGGGUGAAGCUGGUGCUGAAGGACCACCAGGAAAAACCGGACCAGUUGGUCCUCAAGGUCCCCCAGGCAAACCUGGACCUGAAGGUCUUCGUGGCAUCCCUGGCCCAGUUGGUGAACAAGGACUUCCCGGAUCCCCUGGACAGGAUGGCCCUCCCGGACCAAUUGGCCCACCUGGCCUGCCUGGUUUGAAAGGUGACCCUGGAGCUAAAGGUGAAAAGGGUCAUCCUGGUCUUAUUGGCCUCAUCGGACCACCUGGUGAACAAGGAGAGAAGGGUGACCGAGGCUUGCCUGGACCUCAAGGCUCAUCUGGUGGAAAGGGUGAUGUUGGUAUUGCUGGCCCUGCUGGUCCAAUUGGUCCUCCUGGUCCACCCGGUCUACCUGGUCCCCAAGGUCCAAAAGGUUCCAAAGGAUCAUUGGGUGCUGUCGGUCAAAAGGGUGACACAGGUGUGGCCGGUCCUCCUGGACCUCCAGGUCCACCUGGUGAAGUCAUUCAGCCACUGCCUAUUCAGUCUCCUAAGAAGACAAGACGGUCCCCUGAAGACACCCAGGCUGAUGAAGCUGGAAAUGUCCUGGAUUAUUCGGAUGGAAUGGAAGAGAUCUUUGGAUCACUUAACAACCUCAAGCAAGACAUUGAGCGCAUGAAAUAUCCAAUGGGAACACAGAACAACCCAGCAAGAACCUGCAAGGACCUGCAGCUUUGCCAUCCAGAUUUCCCAGAUGGUGAAUACUGGAUUGAUCCUAACCAGGGUUGCUCAGGAGACUCUUUCAAAGUGUACUGUAACUUCACAGCUGGUGGUGAGACAUGCAUCUACCCAGAUAAGAAGUCAGAGGGGGUUAGACUUUCUUCUUGGCCUAAAGAAGCUCCUGGCUCUUGGUUCAGUGAAUUUAAACGUGGCAAAAUUCUGUCAUAUGUGGAUGCUGAAGGCAGUCAAAUUAACAUGGUUCAGAUGACAUUCUUAAAACUACUGAGUGCCUCUGCAAGACAGAAUUUCACUUACAAUUGUCACCAGUCAGUGGCCUGGCAUGAUGCAUCAUCAGACAACUAUGACAAAGCUCUGAGGUUCUUGGGAUCAAAUGAUGAGGAAAUGUCCUAUGAUAACAACCUAUACAUCAAAGCUCUCUAUGAUGGUUGUGCAUCAAGAAAAGGCUUUGAAAAGACUGUAAUAGAAAUCAAUACACCUAAGAUUGAUCAGGUGCCCAUCAUUGAUGUGAUGCUGAAUGACUUUGGGGAUCCAAACCAGAAAUUUGGAUUUGAGGUUGGACCCGUCUGCUUCCUUGGUUAAAUUUGGGGUAUGUGACGGAUCAGCCAGCAAGCUGCGACUUGGUACCACCAGCCCACUUCAAGCCACAUGCAAGUUUUGAAUCCAAAUGAUGUAGAGAAUAUGUCUUUUUGUCUAUGUAUGUAUUACCUAGAAAAUCCUCGUUGCCCUUGUAGGGCCAGAAUCACAUGACUUAUACUUGUUAUGGAGAAUGGUGAA